UUUUUUUUUCCUUCCUUCCUUCCUUUCUUCUUGUCUUCUGGUCAUCACCCAUCUCUGUCUUUCUUUUUCUUACAAUCCUUGUCUUUUUUCAAGAAAACCCUUCCUUUCUUGUUUGUAUUUCUCUAUUUCUUUUUGUGUAUUAUACUAUUUAUCAAGAAUGACAACUCCUAUGGAUAUCGACUCUACUCCUUUAUCUGCUGAAGAGAUUAAGGCUCAAGCUAAUCAAGAAUAUAAGACUGGAAACUAUAAGCAAGCCGUUAAACUAUAUGGUGAUGCUAUCGAUGCUUCUCCUGAGACGUCCACUUAUUAUGCCAAUCGUGCAGCAGCAUUAACCAUGCUUGGUAGCUACAAGGAAGCAGCAACAGAUUGUCGCAAAGCGGUGGAAUUAGAUCCUAGUAAUAUCAAGGCUUUAUUGCGUGGUGCCAAGUGUCAUUUAAAUCUGGGCAAUAUGGAAGAAUCUGGUAGAUUAUAUGAAAAAGCAUUGACUUUGGACCAGGGCAAUGGACAAGCACAACGAGAAUAUAACAAUCUGUUACAUGUCAAGAACUAUUUGGCUCAAAUGCAAGUAUAUAUGGACAACAAGCAAUGGGGGUUGGCUCGUAAUAGUUUAUCUCAGGCUCUGAAAUUUGUGGAUCAAGACAAUAUGCCCCAAAAAUGGAAAGUUUGGCAAGCUGAAUGUGCUCUUGGUGAAAAGAAUUAUUCAGAAGCUAGUCGUAUUGUCAAUUCUCUUGUACGUAUGGAUUCACAAAAUCCAGAUGCUUUACUGUUACGUGCACGUGUGUUUUAUGGACAAGGUGAUAAUGCGAAGACUGCUGCUCAUUGUACUGAAGCCCUCCGAUGUGAUCCUGAUUUUGCAAAAGCUCGUACUUUACUCAAGAAAGCUCGUGCCAUUGAAAAUAAGAAAGAAGCUGGAAAUACAGCCUUCAAAUCAAAUCAAUUACAAGAAGCUUAUGAUGCUUACACUUCUGCUUUGGAAAUUGAUCCUGAAAACAAUGCGAUGAAUGCCAAGUUAUAUUCCAAUCGUGCUGCUGUAUUACAAAAGUUAAAGAAAUUUGAUGAAGCCUUACAAGACUGUGAUAAGGCGUUAGAAUUGGAUCCUGAAUUUACAAAAGUAUAUAGUCGUCGUGCUGCUUGUUAUAUGGAAACUGAACAAUAUGAAGAAGCUACUAGAGAUUAUAAACGUUUAGUCGAAGCUGAUGCUAGCAAUCGAGGUAAUAAUAAUAAUAAUAGUAAUCAUCAUCAUAAUAUAUACUUACAAUGACAUCAUUAUUAGAAUAUCGCAAUCUUUUACGCAAAGCUGAAUUGGAACACAAGAAAUCAUUACGCAAAGAUUAUUACAAGAUUCUUGGAGUAUCAAGGGAUGCAGGAGAAACAGAAAUCAAGAAGGCUUAUAGAAAAUUGGCACUACAAUACCAUCCUGAUAAGAACGCUGGAGAUGUCAAGGCUGAAGCUAGAUUCAAGGAAGUGGGUGAAGCAUAUACUAUACUUAGUGAUCCUCAAAAGAAAUCUCGAUAUGAUUCAGGUGUAGAUUUGGAUGGCUCAGGUAUGGGCGGUGGUGGAUUCGAUGCUGGUGGUGUAGAUAUUAAUGAUAUAUUUACACAAAUGUUUGCUGGUGGUGGUGGUAUGGGUGGAUUCUCUACUGGUGGUAUGGGUGGUGGAUUCCCUGCUGGUGGUAUGGGUGGAUUCCCUGCUGGUGGUAUGGGUGGCUUCCCUGGUGGU